AUGGCGGCGCUCUUCGAUUCAGAUAGCGAGGAAGAAGAGUUCAUUGGCUUCACUAUCGAACCGGGAUUCGAGCGAGAUAAUCGUGAGUCAGAAUCUGACAUUUCUGUUUUGUCAGUUGACACAGAGGAUUUGUCAGAUCUUGAUAUUAGCGAUCAGGAAAGUGGCGAUGAAUACGAAGAAGAGUGGAACGAGGACCCUGGUCCAGUUGUUGUGAAUCCGUUGGUCGCAAAUACCGGCCUGGUUAGGGACGUUCGAGGUUAUUCGACCCUUAACAUUUUUAACUUAAUGUUUAAGGACAGCAAUUUUGACAGAAUUGCAGAAGAAACAAAUCGUUAUGCGCGGCAAGCAAUGGAAGCAAAUCCAGACCCUGCUUGGCGUGAAACCGUCGCCGAAGAAGUGAAGGCAUUCUUCGCAUUAAACAUCCUGUUUGGGAUUAAACAACUGCCCGAAGUUUAUUCCUACUGGUCGAAAAAUCAGCUUCUCAGAGUCCCAGAAGUGCAAAAGAUUUUUCCGAGGAAUCGUUUUGCGAAGAUAUCCCAAUAUCUUCACCUAAACGAUAAGAGAAAAGAAUUGCCACGAGGGCACGCAAAUCACGACAAGUUAUUCAAAGUGCGACCUCUUCUCGAUUCUAUUGUAGAGGCCGUUAAAAGCGAGUACAGGCCGUCGAAAAAUGUUUCGAUCGACGAGGCAAUGAUUCCUUUUAAAGGAAGACUUUCCCUAAAACAAUAUAUGCCGUUAAAACCGGUGAAGAGGGGAAUUAAAGUGUGGGAAUGCGCAGAUUCGUCGAACGGAUCUGCGUUUGUUUUACACAGAACCGUUCGUGGAAAUCGACAAGGCAUCCCGCGACAAAUUGCCCCUUCGACUGAAAGAGUCAAACGACUUCGCCAAGGAGAGUCAUUGUUCCUUCGCAAAGAGAACAUUGUCGUAACUGUAUGGAAGGAUAAGAAGGCAGUUUAUUUUUUGAGCUCCCAAUCCGAUCCGGUGGGGAACGACACUGUCUGUAGAAGGCAACGCGAUGGAACGGUGAUUCAAGUUCCCAGCGCCCCAGUCGUGAAGACCUACAACAAAAACAUGGGCGUUGUAGACCUGAACGAUCAAAUGCGGGGCUAUUACAUGGCUGGAAGGAAAUCGAAAAAGUGGUGGCGUUGUCUUAUGUGGUUCUUUGUGGAUGUUGCGAUUGUGAAUGCAUACAUUUUGGAGAAACUGUCCCCGCAUCACCGCUCAAGAACCUAA